ACCAACUACUCGUAUAUUGCUUAAGACUUAGCUAAUACGAAAAGUGGGCGUGGCAAUGGAAAUCAAUUUUCACGGCAUUGGAUUAAGCUGUUUCCUGCUUCUGCUGCAGUUCCUCAAUCGGAUGGAAGCUCGUCGUGGCUUGGGACCUGGGGAACAGGACUGGGGCUAUGUGGAGGUACGCAAAGGCUCCCAGAUGUUCUAUUGGCUGCACUAUACUACGGCCAAUGUGAGUGCGUUUGCGGAGCGGCCGCUGGUGAUCUGGCUGCAGGGCGGACCUGGGAUUGCUUCGACGGGGACCGGUUGCUUUGAGCAGUUGGGCGCCAUAGACAUUGACGGGAAGAGUCGCGAGAGCAAUUGGGUGCAGCAUGUGAAUGUGCUCUUCAUUGACAGUCCUGUGGGCACAGGCUACAGUUAUGUGGAGCCACAUGGCCGCUAUGUGGAGAAUAAUACGCAAAUAGCUUUGGAUCUGGUCACGUUUAUGAAAUCGUUUCUAAUCCGCCACAAGAAGUUCGAGAGCGUACCAUUGCACAUAUUCUCCGAGAGUUAUGGUGGGAAAAUGGCGCCCGAGUUCGCUCUGGAACUGCAUUAUGCGAAGGAGCGACACGAGCUCAGGUGCAAUCUGCGCUCCGUGGUCGUUGGCAAUCCCUGGACCUCGCCACUCGAUACGACACUGGCCUAUGCGCCCUAUCUGCUGCAGCUGGGCAUUGUGGAUCAGGAUGGUUAUGCCAGCAUAGCGGCUGUGGCAGCCGAGCUGGCUGCCUCCAUCUAUGCCGGCAAAUGGCUGCAUGCCAUGGAACAAAGCUCAAAGAUGCAGGAAGUCAUUGCCACAUAUACUGGAGGCGUUUUCCUGUACAACACACAGCGGCCCGUGCGCCUCGACGACGACUAUCGUUAUGGCGAGGAUCCUCAGUUGCGCGACUUUAUGCUCAGCAAUGUGACAGAGGCCCUGGGCUUGACGCAUAUGCCCGUUUGGAUGGCUCAGAAUGCCACGGUCUUCAUCAAACUGGGCAGGGAAAUACUGAAGCCAGCAGUCCACAUAAUCACAAAAUUGCUCGACGAGACACAACUGCGUGUGGGCGUCUAUUCGGGAAUUUUGGACUUACUUUGCGCCACUCCCGGCACCGUGAACUGGAUCAAUCGCAUGCAGUGGCGAAAUAAGCACAAAUAUAUGACAGCUCCUCGGCUGCCCUUUCGCAUUAAUGACGUGCUCGAGGGUUAUCAGAAGGAGGGCGGCCGCUUCAGCAUGUUCUGGGUCUAUCGAGCAGGACAUCUGGUGCAGCAGGACAACCCGGCAGCUAUGGCCCAUAUUUUGCGCACAAUUACCAACUUUGGCUGAGCUUUAUCUGUUAACUGAGAGUUUUGAAAAACACACUUGACACUUAAAUGCAGCUUUAAAAAUAUUCGCCAAAAAGUUGUGUU